AUGAGUGCGUCGGCUACAAGUGACAGUAAUACAAAUGAAACAACACCUCCAAUAUCCGAAGCUGAAGAUAUGAAAAUGUUUCAAGCAGCAAGACGAGCUGGUCGACGAAAUGCUCUUGGUGACCUUAGUGAACAAUUUACACAAGGUGAAUUUGAUUUCUAUAAAAAAAAAAAAAAAAAAACUUUUCGUUUAAAUAAAUUAUAUUUCCUAGUCGAUCAACCAAUAUCAUCGUCAGAAGUUGAUAAAAUGGCACCUCAUUUUCAAUCAAUGUCAAUCAAACAUUAA